UUUUGGCUCGUAUUGUCAAAAACAUAUAGGUAUAAAUACUAAAAUUUUCAUGUAAUCAAAAAAUAUAUAAACUUUUUAAUCUAGUGGAAUGAUAAUGAACUAUUAAAAAGUGCAUUACGAUUAUUUGCACAGUACAUUGAUUAAAGGGUACCUUUGUGAUUAGUGAUUACUGACAUCCCUAAAAUAAUGAAACCAAAACGUCAAAUACAAAUUAUCAAUAUUUAUUUACAUCCGGUGGGCGAUUUGCCGCUUUUGCAUUUUUCUAUAUUGCGAAGUAAACUGAUAGUGAUAAAUAAAAAAUACAGUAUGUCCAGUCCACGCACAGGUCGUUUAUUACAUGAAAUCAAAAGUUUAGAACACAAGCCGCCAUGGGGCAUAACUUGCAAACCGGUGAAGGAAGAUGUGUUAGACGAGCUGCGGGUUCAAAUGCUCGGGCCCAGAGGCUCUCCAUACGAGAAAGGAAAGUUCGAGCUCGUCAUUCACAUACCAGACAGAUAUCCCUUCGAACCACCACAAGUUAAGUUCCUCACGUCGGUGUACCAUCCAAAUAUUGACCAAGGUGGACGAAUCUGUAUGAACACAUUAAAAAUGCCUCCCAAGGGCUCCUGGCUGCCGACUAUAACCAUUGAGACCCUCCUCAUCUCCGUGCAGUCACUGCUUGCAAAUCCAAACCCGGAUGAUCCACUUAUGUUGGACAUAGCAUACCAAUAUAGAUAUGAUAUGGAACAAUUCCUGGAGAAAGCUAGAAAGCACACAGAGGAACAUGCUGGAUGAAUUAAGGAAAUUAUGCCUUUAUAAUGUAUUGACUAAUAUUCUAUAGUCUGGAUAGACAUCAUGUGUAAAAUAGUUUAUAGAACUUCUUUAUCUUUAAUUUUUUAUAUUAAAAUUUUAUCAUAUAAUCAGUAAAAGUGUGUAAGAGAGUAGUUUGAAGAAAUAAAUCAGUUUCUAAUGACUCUAAUAAGUUUAAGAUUUUUAAUAGGUGCAAGCUUUAUUAUAAAGUAAAUGUUUACUAUACAAUAAAAUAGCUUGGGUAUAAAUUGUGCUAUGUUGAUAAAAAAUCGAAACUGUAAUUUUUAGUUUAUGACUAAUUAUUACCAUUACAACAUAAAUUGAUGUAUGUGCUUGUGAGCUAAGUCCACUUGAAAACAUAUGAAUUUUGAAGUUGGUGGGCCAAGUGUAUGUUAUUUUAACAAUAUGUGCCAAACUUCUAAUCUGCUUUGAAAUUGCAUUAUUCCUAAUUGAGCAAAUAUAAUCCAACUGGGAUAUGUAUUUGUACACUGUGCAGGCCUCAAGUUCAGAGCAAUCCCAAAGUUUGAAAGAAGAAAAUUUCAUGCUCUCUACUAAUACUACUUAAGUAAAUUAAUACAGAUCCAAACUUAUUUUACUUGUAAACAUUCUGCUUGGCUAUCAUGUGCUUAUCAAACACUUACAAGUCAAGACAAAGGUUAUAGUAGACAUUUUGUCAUAGUAGACAUGACAAAUAACUACUUGAUGUUUGUAAAUAAAUAAUUAAAAAGCUUACUAAGUAGUAGUUAAGUAAAUUAUUAUGUAUGUUUUAUUGUUAAAAGCAAUCUUAAUAAUAUUUUUGUGGCCUUAAUUGUAAUUAAAAACUUUUAAAAAGAAUAUAAUAAAUAGAUAAUGACAAUA